CAAGCAAACCAUCAUUCAGUGCAUGAUUACAGCAGUGUACGAAGCAGUUUCUUCUAUUUCUUCUCAGUUAUUUCAGAGGUCACCGAAUUCAACUGGGAUUUUUUUUAAAGCUGAGAAAUUGGCUUUUCUGCGUUUCUAUUACAACGUAUUUCGCUUUAUUUUCCGUAUUUUGUCAUGAAAUUCAUUUAAAAUUAGGCUAUAGUGCAGCAAAUAUAUCACUUCUGUUAAGGAAAUCAGUUGUAUCCUCUCCUUGCCACCGGACUGCAAUGCCAGACCCAAUGAUGAACAAAAACGGAAUGGUGUCAAACAUUCACACGAGAAUUAGGACCGAUCCAUUCACUAGCAAUUAUGAGUUGCUUGGCAGAGAACUGGGCAGGGGGAAGUUUGCUGUGGUGAAAAAGUGCGUUGAGAAGGCUACCGGGAAAGAGCACGCCGCCAAGUUCUUGAGAAAGCGCCGGAAGGGCGAAGACUGUCGCCUGGACAUCCUCAACGAGAUUGCUGUCCUGGAAUCCGCCAAGGUUAACCCGUACGUGGUGGCGCUGCACGAGGUCUACGAGACCAACUCUGACAUCAUUCUUGUCCUGGAGUGCGCUGCUGGUGGCGAGAUCUUCAACCAGUGUGUGGCGGACAACGACGAGGCCUUCACGGAGAAGGACGUGAUCAGGCUCACCCGACAGAUCCUCACCGGAGUAGCCUGCCUGCACCGGAACAAUGUGGUCCAUUUGGACCUGAAGCCCCAGAACAUCCUGCUGACGAGUGCCACGCCGCUCGGGGACAUCCGCAUUGUGGACUUCGGCUUGUCCAGGCGUAUGGACAGUGUGACCGAGGUCAGAGAGAUCCUGGGCACGCCGGAAUAUGUGGCUCCAGAGAUCCUGAACUAUGAACCCAUCAGCACAGCAACAGACAUGUGGUCGAUUGGAGUGCUGACCUAUGUCAUGCUGACGGGUGAGUCUCCGUUCCUGGGGGACAGCAAACAGGAGACAUUCCUCAACAUCUCCCAGGUUAAUGUGGACUACUCGCAGGAUGCCUUUGAGGGCGUCUCCUCCCUGGCUGUUGAUUUCAUCAAGACCCUGCUGCUGAAAAACCCAAGGAAACGUGCCACUGCUGAGGAGUGCCUUAACCACCCAUGGCUGAACGGACCGACGGACCCCUACCCCCACCUCCUCGCCAGUUCUCUGCCGUCAUUGGACGAGCCCGAGACCAGCCUAUCAGAGUCUGAGCCCGAGAGCCCGGCGCCCUCCCCCGAGCUGGAGAUCAUGGGCUCCUAUAUAACCUGCCCCGUCCAGGGGGACCUGAAGACGGGCCGCAACGCCUUCUCCUUCCCCUCCGAGCCCUUCCCCACGCGGCCGGAGAUCCAACAGGAGCUCAUCUGCUGAGGGACGUCUCCCCAGGACACUGUCUACUGACGGAAUGGGCCGCCGUCACGGAACGGACGCUGUUUGUGCUGCUACUGCUGUAAUGGAUGUGGGAUGUGGGUGAGGUCAGCUGACGGCGUGUACAGUCAAUCCAUGGGUGUAACCCUGGCCCCCCUGCUGCCAGCGUGUCGAUGUGUGUCUCCUGGUCUUAGGGUGUACGCCGCACUUCAACCCAUGGGUGGGGAGGGGGCCGUGACUGUUGGAGGCCUGUGAAUAGAGGAGCUGGUUUCAUCCUUUUUGGGUCCACCAGCUGGCCUUUACCUUGGCCCCACUUCCUCAUUCCACUCCUAAACCAACCUUUGAACUGUGACUUUUCUCCUUUGUGAGGACAUGAAUGUUCACCGGGAGAAAAAGGCCAUCUGCCAAGAUGUCAUUUUGGAGGAAGUUGGAACCACUUUGCUCUUGUUGAGGUCUGAGCCUUGAUUAAACUCCUUUUGGACGUCGCUAGUUGAGAUGCUCCACACAGCAAAGAAAAGUGCCUGUCUGUGUUAGAGGAUUGUGUUCACAGAGAUCAGUCAUGAUUGGUAAAUAGCCUCCUCUGUUUUUAUUUAUCCAUGUGUGGCCACCUCAGUGGCCAGCUUUUAUUUAGUAAUUGUCCUUUGUUGUUGUUGUUUUUGUUUAAGGACAAUCCUGACAUUUAUUUAAAGCACUUUUUUACUGGUAAGAGAGUCCCAACAGUACUGAUAAAAUUGCUCAAAGGCACAUUUUAGGUAAGUAAUUCAGAGUAAUGUAUGUAGCCACUCCCCACUAUAUUUUGGUAAUAUUCUUUCACCUGUUUCCGCCAAAUCACACAGUUCCGGUUUUUGCUUUUGUUGUUUUUACUUUUGAAGAAUUGUUUUGCUAUUGUUGCACACAUUUUAAUGUUUGAAAUAUCAUCAGUUUGCAAUGUUGGAAAUGUCACAAUUAUGUAAUUGUUCCUCAGUCUCUGUAAACAUGGAUUUUGAGGAGGUUGUGCCUAGAAUCAAAUGACAUCACAUUAAUUCCAAAUUGUAGUGUUUAUAACGGGUCAAUGAUUGUCGCGCCAAUGGAAAACGCUUUGUAGAAAAGCUCCCUGAGAUCUGAGUGAAAAUACUUUUGAGGAUUUCUCAAACAUAACUGACAUGUAUGUUGUUUGAGUGUAAUAAUGAUGAUGAUGAUGAUGAUGAUGAUGAUGAUGAUAAUAAUAAUCAGUAAAUAAUAUUUUUCUAUUGUCACAAUGCAGUGUCCAUAACAUAUGUGUAUUGUAUGCCUCUUUAUUUUUUUAUUUUUCUCUUGUACUUUCAUUACUGGUUUCUGCUCAUGAAUAUCAGGCAGGUUUGCACUUGUGUCCCGGCGGACGUUACUUGGAAAUAAAUGUUGAUGGCAUGCCUUGCGAAAAUGUAUCGAGGAACAAUAAAUGUACAUUUUGUAUUAAACUACUCAUCUUGA